UCGCAGAGACUAUUCCAAACUAACCCGUGUGUGUCCUCGACCCUCCAUGUCCACCUGAACCUGUCCGAGUGGACGCGGCGUGGUUUGUUUCUUCCGGAUCGUCUCCCGGUGUCCUCCGGAGCUCAUGACGUCAGCGUGCUAGCCGCGAGGAGACGGACACGAGUUCAGGACUGACUGCGGCUGCGUGAGAGAUAUCUGGGCUGUUUGAAAGCACGAGAGCGUGAGGGGGAACUUUCUAGUUUGAAAGAGGAGCACGAGCGCCAACGGAAACUAAUGGACGCUGUUUUCAACCCGGAAGUCCGGUUACAACGAGCAGACGUUCGGCAGAUGACGGUGAUUAAAGAAGAAGUUCUCCCUGAGCGACAGGACUGGAGCUCCAGUCUCAACCAGGAAGACCCAGAGCCACCACACAUUAAAGAAGAACAGGAAGACCCAGAACCCAAACACAUUAAAGAGGAACAGGAGGACCCAGAACCCAAACACAUUAAAGAGGAACAGGAGGAACUCAGGAUCAGCCAGGAAGGAGAGCAGCUUCAAGAGCUGGAGGAGGCUGGUAUCAAGUUCUCAUUCACUCCUGUGAAGAGUCGAGAUGAUGAAGAGGAAGCUCAGUUCUCAAAUUCCACAAAGACUGACUAUAGAGGGGCAGACCAUUUGAAAACAGAAGCAGAUGGAGAGGAAGUCGGAUCCAGAUCAGAUCCGGAUAGUCCUUUACAAUCAACUUCUGAUGACACUUCACAAUCCUCUGAAUGUGAGACUGAUAACAGUGACGAUUGGCAGGAGACUUUACAACCAACUUCUGAUGACACUUCACAAUCCUCUGAAUGUGAGAUGGAUGAUACUGACAAUUGGAAGGAGAAUCAGGAAACUCAGUCACAUUUAAACCCUUUGCAAAAUAAUGAAGUACCUGUAAGUGACAUCAACCGUAAAACUGGAAAAACAUCAGUCAGCGCCGCUGAACGUGCUGGAAGCUUUGGCCACAAGAGACUGCCGAAGGGACAUUCUGGAGCUGAAACAGGAGUGAAACCAUUCAGGUGUUCAGUUUGUGGUAAAACAUUCAGACUAGCGAGCCUUCUAAAAGGACACUUAACUGUCCACACAGGGGAGAAACCGUUCAGUUGUUCAGUUUGUGGUAAAACAUUUAGGCAACUGCAAAAUCUGAAAAGACACUCAACUGUCCACACAGGGGAGAAAGGGUUCAGUUGUUCAGUUUGUGGUAAAACAUUCAGACAAGCGCAAGCUCUCAAAGGACACUCUACUGUCCACACAGGGGAGAAAGGGUUCAGUUGUUCAGUUUGUGGUAAAACAUUCAGACUAGCGCAAGUUCUGAAAAGACACUCAACUGUCCACACAGCGGAGAAACGGUUCAGUUGUUCAGUCUGUGGUAAAACAUUCGGACUUGCGAGCCGUCUAAAAGGACACUUAACCGUCCACACAGGGGAGAGAGGGUUCAGUUGUUCAGUUUGUGGUAAAACAUUCAGAAUAGCGCAAGCUCUGAAAAGACACUCAGUUGUCCACACAGCGGAGAAACUACACAGUUGUUCAGUUUGUGGUAAAACAUUCAAAUGAGCGCAAAAUCUGAAACUACACUCAGUUGUCCACACAAGAAAAACUAAAUAGUCGUUCAGUUUUCUAGAAAAGAUUCUCUCUUCUCUGAUUUAAAAAAAAUCAUACUUGUAUUGAUGAGAUCAUCAUAAAUAAAUGAGAUGUGGUUAAAUACUUAAAAAACUGGAAUGGUUGAUACUAGGGCUGCAACAACGAAUCGAUAAAAAUUAAUUCUUAAAAUAGUUGGCAACGAAUUUCAUUAUCGAUUCGUUGUGUCGCGCGAUUAUUACGGCGCUCAAUAAGUCACGGAGUAUAAACAAAGUUGAGUUGAGCGCAGAGUGGCGCAGGAGAAACAAGAGCGGAGCGGAGGGAGAGACCAUAAUGCUGCGUUGUGAGAGCCAAUCAGCGCUGAGCUGCUCCUCCGUUAGUGAAUCUAAUUGGCUGCUGCUGCUCACGUGGCGCUGGAUGCGGAAGUCAUUCACGUCGUCGGAGACAUUCACGGAGCUGAGUGUGCUUCCGGGUGACGUUAUGACCAGUGGCGGCUGGUGAAAUUUUUUUGGGGGGGGGCGCAGUUGGGCGACGCGGUUUAAAUAGCACUCAACAAUGAGAAGAAAAGAGGUUUUGAGUAGAAUAUUGUAAAAAACAAAGCUUUAUUUCAAGAACACAGCGUGCUCAACACUGUCCAAUAACAACUAUCAACACACUAACUUUGGGCAUGAGAGGUUCAGAGCAGCUUUAAGAAACAUUGGGCUGGGUUUCAGAGGUUUGCAAAAUAAAAGUGUUUCACCCUCACAUGAAAGAGGUUCAGAGCAGAUGUAACUGAUGUGGAACGGGCAUGGAAGAAGUCGGCUCAGAUGGUGGAUUUUCCCAGCACUUAUUUAUUCUGCAGAAGACAACAGAACACACACAUUUGCCUUCUGAUCUGUCUCUGCACUUCCACUUCCCUCAGCAAUAUAAAACCAUUGUCCAUGGAAGACAGGACCACAUUAAAUCUAAAUAAUAACAAUUCUCAUCAAAAACCAUGACAUGUAACAUACAAGGGGAAAACAGAGACCCCUAAUGGACAAAAUAAAUAACUACAUGAGCUAGAGUCAUUUCAGCAGAAACAGCGAAAAUUCUAACUUUGAACAAAAGGGAAAUACAUACCUGCAGAAGACAACAGAACACACACAUUUGCCUUCUGAUCUGUCUCUGCACUUCCACUUCCUAUACACGCAAAACAACACAAUUUACACAAGGAAAAUAUACGUCGGGGCGACCGGAUGUAGCUAAACAAACGUUGCCAAAGUGGCUCAAUGAGCCCGCCACCAAACGUAUAUGUUGACGGUCUAAAUGACACGACAGCUGGACGCCGUGAUCGUAUUAGCGACCAUUACUGUAUGUAACAUAAACGGUUAAUUUGUAUUAAAGAAUAUAGCCAAAAUAGUGCGACAACGUUUAUCACUCAACUCACCUUCAGCAAUAUAAAACCAUUGUGAGCAGGGUUGCCAGGUCUGUGUGACAAAACCAGCCCAAUGGCCAAUCGAAACCAGCCCAAAAACCAGCCCAAUAUCAGAACUCAAAAUAUGCCCGUGCCAAACCAUAUACACUGCUUUUAAAGUCCAACAGCAUUGCUAUCAUUGCCAAAUGUAUUGUAAUAUCUACAAAGUAACAACAUAUGUUUAGUUUGCCAGCAUUAAAAGCAGUUUUCCCUCAAGUUAUUUCACCUAGGUCCUAAAAUGGCCUUGUGUAAUUAGAUACAGUAUAUUAUCAUAAAUAAAAUGUGUGUACGUGCUGAUCUGGAGUCAGUUUGGUAGGAUUUGGGUAUGAAUAAAUUAUUUCAUUUAAAAUAUGGAUUUUUAUUUAAAGAUAUUCAUGUAAUUUGCAUGCAAAAUAGGUCUACCCGAACCAAGGACAAAAAAUUCAACCCGCGCAACACUUCAAAAGUUGCCCGAUUCCGCAGGAAAACCGCGGACCUGGCAACACUGCUCUAUGGGCUGAGGGAACAUACGGGUCUCUGAUCUGCCAUAGUCCAAUCACGGCGCACAUUUUUGCGACCCAAGAUUCACGGUUUCAUCCGCCAAUGAGAAGCCGUCAUUGCCAAAACGACUGAAAUGUUGUAUCGAUGCCGUACACACACGUUAGAUCGCCUCCAAAAAGGGGAGGGGCUUCUCUCCGUGAUAAUGGCGAUAUAUUAUAUUUUUUCACAUUAACUUAAGUGGUUGUUGACAGGGGCUUACGGUCUCCCACACACAUUUAGCGCGUCAACACGGUAUAUUUACUAUUUAAAUGAUUUGGCAUAUAAUGUUUUUUGACAGGAUCUUUAUUUAUUUUUUUCUUCUUUUUUUUUUCAUCUCAAAAUUUUAAGAGGGGCGGCGCCCUAGCGCCCCCUAUGGACGAACCGCCGCUGGUUAUGACCCCAGACACCAGAGCGCUACAAGUCACGACGUGUGUGGCAUUUCCACAAGAGGAUAACGUAGAAAACGUGGUUAUUUAUUCCGUGGCGGAUAGCGGAAAAUAUUUUUCCACGGAGAUAAGCCACGACGCCACUCGCUGUGAGCGCUGCGCGUGCAGACAACAUUUAACGGAGCGGAGCAGCGCGUGCGCUCUGAUCGCUCUUUUAACCCUCCUGUUAUGUUCGUUUCUUACAUACAGCCGUGAUGUUCCCGGGUCAAUUUGACCCGGUUAAUGUUGAAUCAUCCAAAAGUGGUCAGAAAUCCAAAAAUUCUAAAAACUAUAGUUUGUACAUCAUCACCAACAACAUUACUAACAAUUAAAUCAGUUUUUAGUGGAAUUGAGUUAUUUACCCCUCCAUAGAUCAGAGUUCAAUCAGGAGCACUCACUCGUUUUAAUGAAAAAUACAUGUUCAAACUAUUUUUUAGGAACAUUGAAAGAAUCUAAAUCUAAAUUGCAUUAGUCUACCAUAACAUGUAUUUUCUCCUAAAUUUUAUUUGUAUUUUGUCCGGUUUUUUUUUUCAUGGGGUGAUGUAGAUAAAUAGAGAUGAGACACCUGUGCUGUUCAGGGUCAUAAUGACCCGCCCACUAAAAAUCAAGCCAAAUGAGUCAAAAAGGAUUUGUAUUGAAAGUAAACGUUAGUUAUGUUUAUUUUUAGUGUUAAGAUGCAGAAAUUAUAUGAUAAAAGAUGACCAAAGGCCAGCACACAGUCAUCCUCUUGGUGCAUUCGUAUGUAUCUGCAGAGUGUAAUGUUGUAGGACUUCUCCGCAACCAUUUUGUAUGUUUGGCCCUCCCCUGCUAAGGCGUGCGUGGAGUUUUCCCACAGGGAAAAAUAAAGGUUCCCGUCAAAAUAGUUUCUGUAUUUCUCGACACAGGUGGGGUCGUUAGAAAGAGAAUGUGUGUGGGUCUGAGAUUGGGAUGAGACAGGGUGUGUGUCUCUCCCAGUCAGACAGAAAGUAUAUUAGAAGUACUAUACGACAUAUUUAUUCGUUGAGACAUGAAAGAAACCCUCACAUUAGUGUCCCAUGUCCAAUAAAGGUGUAUUUAGGGGGAAAGUUAGAAGAUGAUAAACAUUGUUUAGUCUGUAAAGUGUGCUUCUCAUGUCGGGUGAUGGGCACACAGCAGGAUAGAGAUGGUUCCCAUAACAACCACCUGAUUCUUUUGUUUGAAGUUUGAAAUGUGUACAACUUUAUAUAUGGGGUUGUGAACGGGGUGUGUGUGCUGAUAUGUGUGUUUGUGUGUGUGCUGAUAUGUUUGUUUGUGUGUGUGCUGGUGUCUGUGCGUGCAUGUGUUAGUGUGUCGGUGUGUGUAUGUGUUGGUGUGAGUGUGUGUGUUGAAACUUGGUGGGAGGGAGUAAGAAAGACUGCCCUACAUUUACAAAGAAAGAAAUAGUCUAAACGUGACUCUUCUGAUGACUUUUAGCCUUCACUUUCACAGCCGGGUCAAAUUGACCCGGGAACAUCAUCUCUGUUAUAUAAACCUGCAGGGGGGGGUUGCAAAUACAUGAUAUUUUUUUUGUAUAUUUUUUUACGUUGAUUACACUAAAUAAGGUAAGCAGAAGAAGUUUUAUACAGAAAGAGUACUUAGAAGUAUUUUUCCUAGAUUUUCAAACUUUGAAACGGGUCAAUUUGACCCGCAACAUAACAGGAGGGUUAAUGAAGUAUCGAUACUAAAUAUGCUAAAUCGCAUCGUUUUUAACGUACGGGUACUUUGUUAGUAUCGCUACACCGUGCAGCGUGACAGCAGCAGAUGUAGCGGACUAACAUUCAAGCUAACCUGACUUCCCAAACGCUGUCGACAUCUGAACGCUGAUUGGCCGAGACUCCACACGUCCAUCAAAGAUGUUUUAUUGCGAAGAGCACCACUUCACAUUUUUUCCGCGUCUCACUGCAAUCUCAACGGCAGCGGGCCAGGUGAAAAAAAUAAUAACUCGGAACGCGUCUCUGAUAUUGUUCAGGGGGCCGGUCCAAAUGGGGACCACUGCUCAGGAGAGGAAAGCUGUCAGUCUGUUUGUGACGGUUCUUCCACAUGCUGACCAGUGGAUCUCCAGGACCUUUCCAUGACUUUAAACCACAUUUCCAUGAUUAAACAUGUUGUGAAAACUCUGUCUAUACGUGACAAAGUGAGAAUAUGUAGUAUUUAAACUAACAAUGAGAAUUCCAAAGCAUACCGUAUAUAUACCGUGUAAAUUAAAAUUUGAAUAAAACAAAUUUGCAUUACUUUUCCAAAUAUUUUGGGAUUUUAUUUUUUUCAAUUGCUUUUCUAGUCCUGCUAAUAGCCAUUUAAAAAUUCCAUGACUUUUCCAGGUUUUCCAUGACCGUACGGACUCUGUUUUGAAUAAAGGGUUGAAAAUUAAA